AUGGCCGCGACGCUCACCCCGGAGCAGAUCGCCAUCGUCAAGGCGACUGCCCCCGUGCUCAAGGAGCACGGCACCACCAUCACAACCCUCUUCUACAACAACAUGCUCGACGCCCACCCGGAGCUGAAGAACAUCUUCAGCCUGGCCAGCCAGACCACGGGCCGCCAGCCUCGGGCACUGGCCGCGUCGGUGCUCGCCUACGCGACCUAUAUCGACGACCUCGCAAAGCUGCAGCACGCCGUCGAGCGCAUCGCCCACAAGCACGUCUCCCUGCAGGUGACCCCGGAGCAGUACGACAUCGUCGGCAAGUUCCUGAUCGAGGCCAUCGGGCAGGUGCUCCAGGAGGCCGCCACGCCCGAGAUCGUUGACGCCUGGACGCACGCCUAUGCCGUGCUGGCGGGCGUCUUCAUCGGGCUCGAGGGCCAGAUGUACGCCGCCAACCGGGCCGAGGGCUGGGCCGGGUGGCGCAAGUUCCGCAUCGUGCGCAAGAUCGCCGAGAGCGAGACCAUCACUACCUUCUACCUCGCGCCCAGCGACGGCGCCGUGCCCCUGCCGACAUACCUCCCCGGCCAGUACGUCAGCCUGCAGGUGUUCGUGCCGAGCCUGGGCCACCUCCAGAGCAGGCAGUACAGCCUGAGCGAGGCGCCGCGGGAGGGCGGCGGCGACUACUACCGCAUCAGCGUCAAGCGGGAGGUGGGCGAGGACGAGGAGGAGGCGGCCGGCCUGCCGGGCGUCAUCUCCAACCUGCUGCACGACGGGUUCGGCGUCGGCGACGAGGUCGAGCUGUCGCACCCGCAGGGCGAGUUCUUCGUCGACCCGCGCGACAAGGCCAAGGAGGGGGCGCCGGCGGUGCUGAUCUCGGCCGGCGUCGGCGCCACGCCGCUCAUGGCGAUCCUGGGCAGCCUCGCGGGCGCCGAAGGGAAGGGGGCGGCGCCGGCGGUGCGCAGGCCCGUCUCGUGGAUCCACACGUCGCGGUCGAGCAACUCGCUGCCCUUCGGCGACGCCGUCAGGGCUAUCUGCCGCGAGAACGAGCACGUGUCGGCGCACGUCUUCCUCAACGCCAUCGGUACGGAGCCCGAGGAGAAGGCCGACGUCAACUAUAAGUUCGCACACGCGAGGCUGGACCUGGACAAGCUGGACAGGGACCGCGACCUCUUCGCCGCCGAGCCGAGGGCAGAGUAUUUCAUCUGCGGGCCCGAGACGUUCAUGGCUGACGUGCGGAGGGGGUUGGUCGAUAUGGGCAUCGACAAGGAGCGCAUCUACCUUGAGCUCUUUGCUACCGGCGACAUGGCCGCUGAGUAA